UUAAAUGCUCACAAGCUUUUCAAAAUAAACAAAAAAUGUUUAUUAUUGUUUUUACUUAUGCUACUUUAAAGUUUGCGCGGUUAGUCAGAAUAUGAUUGGACUAAACCGUUUAACAACAUACCCACAAAAAUAUAACAACUUUUAUUUAAACCGUGUUAAUACUAAUCCCAGCUCAUCCGUCAAUAAUUCGCCAUCUGAUGACGAAGAUGAUGCCAAUGAGCCGGUGAAGGCUGUGCAUAUGGAUCAGAGUGACUAUUCUAUUAAACAUUUUCUAAAUAGUUUCAAUUUAGAUAAUCGUAAGCCUUCAAGCAUGAACGUGUUUUGUUGUGGUGACAAUGAGAAUAUUGCCGCAGCCAAGAAGUUGCUCCCAAUUCGUAAUGGGCCAGGACAAGUUGUGCAGGUGGUGACGUCCGAGAAGGGUACGAAAGUUACAACGGAGAUCCAGCGCGCUGGCAGUGGUUGGGAUGAGUCCGACGCCAAAAAGAAAAAGACAGAUGCUGUGAAUGUUUAAAGUCAUUGGUGUAGUGUUCCUGAUAGCGUUUAGAAAACAUGUGAAGGAUGUUGCAACCAAAUAAUGGUUGUAAAAGGGAUGUUGUAAAUGGAGAGUGCUUGCUGAAAGUGAAAAAAUAUUCAAAUAAUUUAUACUUGCUUACGCUUAACUGAAAUGAAAAUUCUAAUAUAAUAUAUGUAUGUGUGAUGUUUGUCAAUAAUUUUCAAUUUCAUGCAGUUUGGUGUGGUGGAACUUAUAAACUAUAAUAUUAGAUUAACGCAGAAAGCUGUUUUAGCACUUCAUGAAUUUCAAAACGCUUAUUUUCUUAGGCAUAAAAUAGUCUAUCUGUAAAUGCACAGCAUAUCACAAUUCCGAAUUUUUCUCGUUUAAUUCACCAAAGUAAUGUAUUUAUGUAUAGACGAGAACGGUUGCGUAACUUUUUAUAAAAUAAUUUUGGAUAUAAUUAGAU